AUGGAUGACGUUAUAAAUAACAUAAUAAGCAAUAACAUCGACAUAUAUUCAUUUCUCCAAGUGCAAUACAAUGCCACCAGUCAGGAAAUACGACGUUCAUAUAGACAAAAAGCAUUAUUAUACCAUCCAGAUAAACAAAGUGGAGAUGAAUCCAAAUUCAAUCUAUUAUUAAAAAGUUAUGAAAUCUUAAGUGACCCCAGUCUCCGAUCUCAAUAUGACAAUUUAAUUGCGGCAAAACGAUCUCGUGAGAUCAAUCGAGAAAAAUUGGAUGAAUUGACAAAACGAUUCCAGGAUGAAUUAAAAGCAAAUGAAAAGAGAGUUGAUGAACUGAGAAAGAAACGGAAAUGGGAUAAUGAUUUGGAUAAAUUGAGAGAAGAAGGGUUAAAACGAAGACGAGCCAAAGAGCAGGAAUUAUUAAAUGAGAAAUUGAAAACUAAUGGAGUGACUACGAUUUAUGAUUUGCCUAUUGAUCAUAUCAUAACGGAUUAUAGUAGUUUACCAACAAAAGUGAGAUUAAAGUAUAAAUACAAAUCUGAAAUGCUGGAUGCACGUGUCAUUAGACAAAUAAUGAUUAGGUUUGGAGUUGUGAAAGAUGUCACCGUGGAAGGGCAUGAUGAUAGAUAUGGUAGUGCCAUUGUCGAAUUUUAUUCAUUAGAAGACGCCAAAGCUGCCGAGGCACAUGAUUACAAUGGUCCGGCAAAUAAAUGGAAUGGAACCAAGGUUAGGAAACUGGCUAGUUUAUUACGGAGUUGUGAACGGGUGAUCGAUGACUCUUGUAAAUAUUCGAGAAAUGCAACGGUGAAUGAGAUAUUGGAAAAAUAUGUGAAAAAGAAUGUCAAAUCCGUAUCUGACAAGGAUCAAUAA